CAAGUCUGGUAUACGGUUAUAAAGUUACCAUUUAGGGAUUAAAAAUGAAAAUAAUAUUCCUUUUGUCAGAUAAUAUCUAGACAUUAACUCGAUCGCUCCUUUGUCAAACGUUUUUUCAAAUGCCUGUCUUGAGCUAAGUUAGACUGUUAGGAUAUUGUUGAAAACGUCUUUGCUUUCAAAUUUUACAGGUGGAUUUAGAAGUCCAGGACGUGGUGGUCGAGGAGGGAGAGGCGGAGGUAGAGGCGGGCCCAGAGGGAGAGGUUUUGGUCGUGGGGGUGGAAGAGGUAGGGUACAAUAUAUUUGAACUGUAGAGGUAGGCUACAAUAUAUUUGAACUCCAGAUGAAGGGGCUUCGCUUGAAACAUCGAAAUUCUCCUUAUAUUUUUCAUAGGUAGUUGCAUCCCUUUCUGUUGUUUCCUCUGCAACCACUAGCACUCCCAUUGGUCACAUGUAUGUCAAAUAACUAGCACAGUAGAGAUGUUUUAUAAAAAAAGGAUAUUUUAAAACUAUUCAAAAAAUUCUUGUAUAAAACUUUACAUUUCUUUUGUAUGAUUCUGAUUGCAUUCAAAAUAAAAUAGCAAAACGUGUGCCCAAAAGAAAAUACUCAUGACAAGAAUAUUGGGCAAGCAGCAGAGAAAAUCAAAAACAGUGUUGAUGUCAUCAACCAAUAACCGAUAAACCUGAAAGUUUUGCCGACCUGUUUUCUCGCUCACCCCAAGGCCUGCCAUUUGCAAAACUGUGAAUAAUGCCAAGGCUUGCCAUUUGCAAAACUUAUAAUAAUGUAAUUUUGUAUUGCUUUACUUCACCUUCUCCUUAAUAAUAAGGUGCUCUACUUUGUUUGCAUAAAUCAAAAUAGAUAAUAUACUAUUAUAUAUGUUUUAAUCAACAGGUGGUUUUAGGGGCGGAGCUCGUGUUUCUGUUGAACCACAUAGACAUGAAGGUUUGUUUUGUCAUUUAUAAACAAGUAUUUAGGAAAUACAGGAAGACCCGUUUUGACUAUUUGGCAAUAGAAACUGAGAGUGUUGAGAGAACUUGUGUUGAAAGCAGACAGUGUAGACAGAACAGCCUAUUAAAUUCUCUGAGUGUUUUCAUGAGUUGUUAUUUCUGUUCCAGGUGUAUUUAUUGCUCGAGGUAAAGAAGAUGCAUUAGUCACUAAGAAUAUUGUUCCUGGUGAAACUGUAUAUGGGGAAAAGAAGAUUUCUGUUGAUGUAUGUUAGAACUGUAAAUCUGUAAUUAAUUAAUUAUUUUUACUCCUGGUCUUACUAUUAAAAUGCUCUAGGCUACCUCGAUACCAGGGGUGGCACCAGAGUGGGCAUAGCCACCCUACUGGGGACCCUCUUAUAGUGGUGUUAAACAUGUUGUUAAAGACAAUAAUUAUUGUGCUGACAAGUAUAUAGAAGUGUUGUUGCCAAGAAUUUCCAGACAAGGGUUCUAAGGUCCCUGGAAGUUCUCACAGGCAAUACAACUACAGUAUAUAAUCUUGGAUGGUCUGUGCCAGUGUACAGUAGGUAGUGUCAAUAAUAAGAAAGUUUCGGAUUGUUACUGUAUGUAUACAACUACCAGAAAAAUACAAGGAGAAGAUAGUAACAUCUCGAUGAAGGGCCUUUGCUCAAAACAUUGAAGUUCUCCUUGUAUUUUUCAGGUUGUUGUAUCCUUAUCAAUCCAAAGCUUUCUGCUGUCCAAAUAUUGUUUUGCCUGGUAAACCGGGGGUGGGAAGAGGUCAAGUGCAUUCUCCCUCAAAUUUCCCCUGACUUUGGGGAUUUCUCAUUCAUUGUUGGUGUCAAUAAUUAUGUAAAUGUUUGAACCAAUAAUCAAAGAAUUGUUAAAGCCAAUGGUUGCUGCAAGUCAUUGUUGGACCACGGUCAAGUAAGCUAAAAUAGUUUCUUGUUUUACAGGUUGAAGAUGGAAAUAAAGUUGAGUACAGAGUAUGGAACCCAUUCCGUUCCAAACUGGCCGCUGCUAUCUUGGGUGGCAUUGAUAAGAUUCAUAUGAAACCUGGCAGCAAAGUUCUAUAUCUUGGAGCAGCUUCAGGAACAACUGUUUCACAUGUUUCAGAUAUUGUUGGACCCGUAUGUAGUAUAUUCCUAUAUUUUGUAUGGAGGAUGGUUUGGGCUUGUCAGACUAACUACUGUUGCUGUCCAAUUCUUUUGAGGCUAUAAUUUGUAAUUAUUUCAUUUCGUUUGUGGAAAAGUAUGACCACAGAAUACAGACCACACAGAAGUCUGAUUCAGCCAAAAAGACGUAAUUGCUACCACGCCAUAAUUGUUUUAAAGGUUUUUCAAAUAUUUAGAAGCGCUGUAACAUUUUGAAUUAUUUCGUCUAAAUAUCUUAUUUCCUUUCAUUAGUAGUUUUAUUAACUUUCAAAAACUGAAAAAUCGUGCUGUGUUGUCGAAUCGCGUCUGGUGUGUCUCGGCCUUUACGCCGUUUCAACCUAGGGGCGCCGACAAGAUGUCGGACUUCCCUAAUCUGUGUGGUCCCUAAUCUGUGAUAUGACGUCGCCUGAACUUUGCACUCGUUUGUUAAGCAGCAUCGUUACAUUAGUGUUGUUUUAAACUACACCCCUGAUAAGGCUAUUAAGAGACAUUCGCUAAAUUAGAGUACCUGUAGUUCUUCAUUGCGAUACAUGCAAUUUUUGUAGCCCUUUCACAGGCUUUACUGUGUCUCCAAUGAGAGAAUACGUAUUUUGAUUUAAAGAGAUGCCAAGUGGUAAUAAAGUAACAUUCUGUCUGGCAUGUCUCACUCUCACAUUCCGUGUCUCCAAUUAUUAAGAGAUACUAAUUACUAAUACUAAGAUAUUAGGGAGUUUACGAUCUGCGACGCGGCCGGCUCAACGACGCGGUCUAAAUUUUAGCUCAAUAAUGAGCGCUAAGCAAUUCGAUUACUGUAAUAAAUAUUCGACUCUUUCAAAUAGCCUUACAAAAUGCUACGUUCGGCUAAAGCGAUGCAAUGUUUGCUGUAAUUUCGACUUUUAGUAGCACCUCUUGUGUCGCAUUAAGCUUUCGCGUUGCCUGAAAGACGUAAUUUAGAUCAAAAAGACAGAUUUAGAUCGAGGACGCGAACGUCAAAGACGACGUGAAAAUGGCGUCAAUAUGGCGUGGCAUAUCCAUACAUAGGCAUAGAGAUUAUAAAUAACACUAGAGGAGGCAUUGUAAUCUUAAUUCAGUAAAAAAAAGGGAACGCGACUAUUGGGGGGCAAAUUCAAGUCCCGGAUGUGUAUUCGUGUUCCCAUUGGUGACGAGUUUCAAAUUAACCAAUGAGAGCACGAUUUUAUAUCCGGGACUUGAAUUUGCCCCCCAUUAGCUGCGUUCCCAAUUUUUAAACUCGAUGCCUCCUCUAGUGUUAUUUAUAAUCUCUAUGUACAUAGGCACAACACGUCAUUUUCACGUCGUCUUUGACGUCCAUGUCCUCGAUCUAAAUCUGUCUAAUAAUGCUUUUUUAACGUUGUGUUGAGAAUGACAACGCGGUUGACAAUACUCAUGGGACCACAAAUUAUUGACAGUUUUUGUCUUGCAUGACAAAUUUCUUUGUAAGUUCUUUGUGGGUUUGCAUGGCGAUAAAACACAUAAUACUAUUGUUUGUGGAAACAUCAAAUUUCUUUGUUUUGAAAGCGCGUCGUCGAGGCGGCCGCGUCGUAGAUCGUAAACUCCCUACUAAUUACUAAUAAACACGCGCUAUGAAACGUUCUGAAAACAUGUUCUUAAAUCUUAACCUUUGGAUUCUUAACCUUUGGAAUGCUAUUGCAUUCGGUAAGUACUGUAUACAUGUAAGAACGCAAUUUUCAAAAUUUAUCUUUCUCAAGGAUGGUCUUGUGUACGCCGUGGAAUUCUCGCACAGAUCUGGACGAGAUUUGAUCAAUGUCGCGAAGAAAAGAACAAACGUAAUUCCCAUUAUAGAGGAUGCUCGCCACCCUCAUAAAUACAGAAUGUUAAUGGGUAAGCAUCGGAAUAGUACAUACGAUACGUAUACUGUAUAUUUUGCUGUGCACAAAAGGUUGCGCCUACAGUCUGUUAUGUGUACAUAAAUUACCUUAGUUUUACGUGGCUACAAUCCUACAACACCAUAGUUGCAUGUGAUGAUAUCAUUUACUUUUUUUGCAAGGUAUGGUCGAUACCAUUUUUGCUGACGUUGCUCAGCCUGAUCAAGCAAGAAUUGUGGCGAUUAAUGCACACAACUUUUUGAAAAACGGAGGACAUUUUGUGAUAUCCAUAAAGGUUUGUGUAUUAGACAAUUUGAAGACCACCUACAAUGAUGUACAGUAUUACUCUAACGUGAUGUAUAGGUACAGUAGGUUAUGACUGGGAAGGACAGGGCGAGUGUAAUGUAUUUAAUGACAAUUUUUGUGGAUUUGGUUGGAAAAUGUCCUAUGCAUAAGGCCUAAUCUUUGUCAGUGCAUUUUUGUAUCUGCGUCACCAGAUAUACAGUAAUACUGGCGUGUCUGUAAGAAAUGCUUUCGUGUGUUAUGUUAUAGCCAAUCGGCGACAAGUUGGCAAUAAUGACGCAAUGUUCACUGGAACAUGACGUGAUGUCACAAUAAAAGUCCAAGAUGAAACAUCGAUGUUAGUUACUGUAUGACUCUUCCGACGUUUAAAUUUCUCAAUUUACCUUAGCCCUUAGGAAACUUCAUGUUAGCUACAGUUGUACUUGUGCCAGUUGUGGGCUAUAAGAAUAUGCACACUCCAUGUAAGGAACUCUCCCAAAAUAUAUCUAAUGGCUGCAUAGCGACUGCCCUAGUUCUCACUGGCACUGCUCUUUUUGUUACGAUUUAGGCAAACUGUAUUGAUUCUACGGCUGAGCCAGCUGCAGUUUUUGCUGGAGAGGUAAAGAAAAUGCAAGGAGAGAAAAUGAAACCCCAAGAACAACUCACCUUGGAACCUUAUGAAAGAGAUCAUGCUGUUGUUGUUGGCGUAUACAGGUAAAUCGCUGCAUCCUUUUCAUAUACGAGUCAAAUUAGAUAAAUAGAAAUUUUUGUUGAAAUAGAUUUUUAAGUUCGAAUGGAAUAUAAUAAGGUGCAUGUGUGGCAUUAGGGGAGUACCCACCGGCUGGAUCGAGCCUAGUAUGGCAUCUGUAAAAUUGAAACCUAUAAUAAUUUUGGCUUUUUUCCUGUUAGUAUGCAAGUAUUGUGAAUACUGUGUGAAGUUAAUGUAAUACACUCAGUAAUAUGCAAUGCAAGUAGCAGUGGCAUUCGAUGCACAAUAAGCGUCAAUGAGAAAGCAAGUGAUUGCAUUGGUUUAUUCAAAAUCGCUCGUUGUAUAGAAUUUAUGAUCUAUUUGAUCCAAACGAGAAAAUUGCCCUAGAAAUGUUUUUAAAAAAUGUUACGCAUUAUUUGUGAGGGUAUUUAUUUCGUACCAAGCGUUAGAUUUUUUAGGCUUGGUGCAAGUAAACAUUUUCAUUGCUCAUUUCAUUGCACAACCCAAUUACUUCUUUAUCUCCUUAUUUUUUUAGACCUCCACCAAAGAAAGCUGAAACCUGAAUUAAUUAUUAAUGUAUAGUCCUAUAUCAUGAACAGCUUCAUUCACUUAAACCUCCAAAAUCAAUCUCGUAUAGAAACUUUUGCCUUUGGAAGCCACGAAUGAAUUAAAUUCCGUAUAUCAAAAGAUAGCUUUAAGGGCUUUGCCUUUGGGUAUUUUUGUGCUUCCAACUUUGAACCCUUCCCGUAGUUCUUCUGUAGAUUUCAACCAAGCCGAUGUCGUCUUGUGUAGAUGUUACUAAUGUCCGUCGUCAUUUACUAUAUCACUCAUAUUUGCAUAUCGCGUUGUUUUGCGUUAGAAUGGAACGUACAAUUCGAUUAAGGGUAAUUUAUCAGGUUAAGAUUCCCAUGCAACUGUAAAUCGGCAUCCAAAUUGCACGUUUUGGAAAUGUCACCAAAAAAGGUGCUUUUAGUCCUAAAAAUGUGAAUAUUGUGGUGUUAAUCAGACUUUUAGCUUGCAUCUAUAAGCACUAGAUUAUAUACUGUAGAACUUAUCUAAGUAUUUUUUAAAGGUUCUUAUGUAUAAUAAAUUUAUUUUCUUUGCUUUCCUCGCGUCGUUUUAAUUGUUUAUUUCGCUUUUGCUCGUAGUACUGGU